UCGAACAUAGUGGACGGCUUGAAGAGACUUCCUAAAACUCAUCUGAACACCCAGUUUAGGCUCGUGGCGGGCAGCGGCAGCAGCAGUGACGUCAUGAGGCAGAGCCAGCAGGCUGUGGCAAGGCUGUGGAGCAGGCUGGGGAUUGGUACGCUGUGCUGCCUGCUGUUCUUGGUACCCGUGCUCACUGCAGCGUCUCACCACGACCACGUGAGGCAAUGUGACAUAACCGUGUGUGACCCCCAAACAAGACCACAAGACCACGUGUUGUGUCGCUCCUGUGGCGUUGAACUCACAGAGAACUCGCGUGACAACUUUGUGAAUAUCUCUAGCCCACUGUCUGAGGCAUCUCAGCAGAUAACCAUCCUGGGACACCCACACCUCAUGGUCCAGACCCUCAGGAACCCUGCUGACCUUGCUUUUGACUUGGUGACUGUUAGGAGGUCAGGCUGUUCAGGAGUGGGAGAGUGGUACGGCGAACACAGCUGGUUCCCCGGAUACUUGUGGAAGGUUUGCAUCUGUCCCCGCUGCAGGGCACACCUUGGCUGGAUAUUUGAACCAGAAAGCAAAGCCAGCACAACCCACUUCAAGGCUUCCUCAGAGGGUUUCUAUGGACUCAUUUUAGAGAAACUGAUCACUGAGAAAUUUUCAGACUCACUCCUCAUUGGUCUUCCCAAGCAUCAGCAGUAUUAGCACAAUGGCAGAGCACGGGGAGGACAUGGUGCCUCUUGACCCCGAGUUCCUGGCGGAGCUGGAGAAAGAAGCAGCUUCUCGCUAUACUGAGGAGGAUAACCAGUUUAUAGAGCACUGCAAGAAGAACCUGCCUAAGCCACCAAUACUCCCUGCUGAGAGAUUUGAUCGCAAUAAACACCGCAGAGGCAACUUCAGGCACCAAGACUACAGGAGAGAAGGAGGCUUCAGGGAUCAAGGGGAGUACAGAGGUCAUGGAAAUUAUAGGGGUCGUGGGAAUUACAGGGAUCACAGGAGGGAAUACUCUGACCACAGACAAGGCAGGUUUAGUGGUGACCACAGAGAUUAUGAUGAUGGUAGGAGGGACUCUGAGAAGAGGAAGUACAGGUCUGAGAGGGAGAGUGAUGACUAUGGAAGAAGGGAUUACCAGUCCAGCAGACACUACAAUGGUGGGGGGUCAUCCUAUUGAGUUGUAUGAAUCCAGUGGCUGGAAUAUUUAUCUUUCAUCAGGGACUUCACACAAGCUUCCACACCAUUAAUUCUUUGACCAUUACUAAAGGUUACUGACAGCUACACUUCAUUGCCUGGCUGUUUGUCUGUUCAUGUCUUUUUAUUACAAUAUACUGGCCAUUCACUUAGGAAUAUUUAGUUUUUUUUUUUUUUUUUUUUUUUUUUUUUUGAAAAGGGAAGUGGAAAUAUUUUUGGGCAACUUCCUUCAUCACAAGGCAACCAUCCUCUAGAAAGAAAGAAAAAUAUUUAUGUUGCCAUUCCCUUGAUUAUUUUUCACUGUUAGUGUGUGACAUUCCAAAAUGACAGUACAAGUGUUAUUCCCACUACUACAAGUCAUGCACUAUAUAUAACAUCACUGGGUAUCUUUUCCCUUAUUUUGAUAUAAAUGUUUAUAACACUACAGUAUGCUAACUUUUAUGGGAACUUACUGUAAGACUUUUAAAAGUAAAGUAUUUUUCCAAUUCACGAUUAUAUAUUAAACCUUCAUCUCAAAAUAAGACGUGAUGGUUUUAACGUGCACAGGAAUAGCAGCCAACAAAACAAUUGUUGCCAAAGCCUCCAGUAAUUCAGAACCUUGAAAAGUUGAAAGUCUCACUUUAGUCUGAAAUUUUUACAUUGUACGUCUGCAUAUCAAGUGACGUCCCCAGGUGGCCUCGGCACACCAAGGCAAGGAGACUAGACCCAAUGUUAGCAAUGUCAAUCUUGAAAUGUACUCAUUGCUGAAUUUGUUGAUAAGAUGGAAUACAUUGGAAUCAACAUUUUUUGCACUGUUGAUAAGGUAGCAAGGCAACAACUUUGUUGGAUACUGUCGUAAUAAUUAAACUCUUAAGACUUAAAUUAUGAAUGAGUAAGACUCACCAUUUGUAAAGUAAAUACUGACUGAUGUUAAUAAUAUGGAUUUAAGAAGUAAAAUGGAAAUUAAACCUGUGAAUUACUUGAUAAUUUUGACUAAAAAGAAGUAAAUGAAGGAUAAACCAGUAAAUGACUUGAUGAUAUGGACUUAUAAGAAGUAAAUGAAAAAUUUUGGUAUGAAUGAGAAGGCUUCUCUGUAGAAUAUGUAGGGUUGUGUGAUAACUGUUGUUCUUGUUGCUGCUGCUGCAGGUCAAGUAGCUUCUUGGGACUGUGCUUCAUAAUACUCCUUGAUUUCUGAAACAAACAUUAUAUGAUUACUACUUUGCUCGAUGCAUCCAAUGAAAUUCCAUCUACAUAUGCACCAGUCUGACAUUCUCAAUUUCUCUGAGACAACCAAAAACAAUCUAUGUAACCCUCUACAAGUGAUGCCUUGAGGCUAAAUGAAGAUUGAAAGGGAUCAGGUAUCCAUCCAAUUCUUGUUCCUAAGUAAAUACCAGCUUGGCAAUGGGAGAGUUAUGAAAAUGAAAAAUAAAUAAUAAAGAUAACAAACAUG